AUGUUCGGGUUUGUGUGCCUCACUUUGCUCCUGGGCUAUGCCUACAGCUGCGGCGUCCCUGCCUACCCACCUUAUGUCGCCCGGGUGGUCGGAGGUGAAGAUGCCAAUCCCCACAGCUGGCCCUGGCAGAUUUCCCUCCAAUACGACAAAAGUGGUGUCUGGGCUCACACAUGUGGCGGGACUCUUAUUGCUACCAACUGGGUCCUCACUGCGGCCCACUGCAUCAGCAGCAGCAGAACAUACCGAGUUCUACUGGGGAAACAAAACCUGGAGGUCGAGGAACCUGGCUCUGUGGCCGCUGCUGUGGAGAAGAUCAUUGUCCAUGAGAAAUGGAACUCCUUCCUGAUCGCCAACGAUAUUGCCCUGAUCAAGCUGGCUGAGCCUGUGGAAGUGAGCGAGACGAUCCAGCCAGCCUGCCUGCCCGCAAGCGGCGCCAUCCUGCCGCAAGACUUCCCCUGCUACGUCACCGGAUGGGGACGCCUCUGGACCAACGGCCCCAUCUCUGAUGACCUCCAGCAGGCACUGCUGCCUGUGGUGGACCAUACCACUUGCAGUCAGUGGGACUGGUGGGGCUCCAGGGUCAAGGAAACCAUGGUCUGUGCCGGAGGAGAUGGAGUCGUUGCUGGAUGCAAUGGAGAUUCUGGAGGCCCACUGAACUGCUAUGGUGCUAAUGCUUGGGAAGUACAUGGCAUUGUGAGCUUUGGGUCUGGGCUGAGCUGCAACACUCGUAAGAAGCCAACUGUCUUCACCCGGGUGUCUGCCUACAUCGACUGGAUAAAUGAGAAAAUAAAUCUCAACUGAAGAGUCCGGCUCAUUUCAUUGAUUGUAAAUCCCAG